CUCUCUCUCUCUUUUGUGAGUUAUAGCAACCGUUGCCUUGUGAAUCAAGCGCCAUAGUCACCGUAGUCCUGGCGACUGUUACCCAUCAACAACAACUACUCCUCUCCUCCUCCUCCUCCUCUUCCUCCUCCUCCUCCCCACCACCACCAUCUCCAUCACCCACCAACAACACCACAAUAAUCCACAGCCAAGAAGUCUGCCGAGUUUUGAAAUUUAAAACCUUUUAAAUAAUGUUGAAUGAGUGGAGCUGUAUAAUAGAUGUGGAUUUAUAUUUCACCAGAGGUUUGAGAGCCAUAUGGUUUGGAAAAAUGCCAGUGCCCAUGGAAUGGAGAUGAAGAUCAAAGUCAUUUGUGGGAGGAGGUCAUUAUAGUGAUCCUGAUACGUUACUCACCUGCAGUCAUGCUGUCCUUGAUAAACUUUAAAAUAAAGGCAUCUUUCUUGGAUAAUAUAAACCUCUCUAUGAUAUUGCAUUUUUGUUAAUUUACACAGCUGUCUGGAAUUUCCUAAAUCCUGUAGCACAGUCUUGUGUAAUGCAUUGUCCGUGAGCUUUGGAAGCUCCAGCUUACCCUUUGGUUUACAAACCUUAGAAAGAAUGCUAAUAGAUGACACCGCAUGCCUAGAACAACACCUUAAUCUGAAGGAAUGGGGUAAGAUGAGGGUAAAUUGGGGCAGGAACAUAUAGUUGGAAAAAUUAGAGUACGAAUAAUGGUUAGUACAGUAUAGAGAAAAAGAAGGGUGAUGUUAGGGUCUACAUAAGAAAUUCAGUUUGCCACAUUAAGUAUACUUAAUAAUAUUACCACUACAGUUAAUAACAUUAUUUCUAAUAUUUUAUUCAAAAACAUUCUAGCAGAGACAUAAGAAAUAAUUGGAUAUGUUAGUCUAUAAUCUUGUAGUUUAACAUCAUUGUUCUUUAGCUUUACUUUUGAAUGAGGAAUUAAAGGAUUUAUAUCAAUGUGUAUUUAGUGCCAGUACUAUUUUGGUUAACUUAGGAAUCCUGAAAUGGCUCAGCUUUCUAUUGGGUUUUAAGGACUAUUUUGAAAGAAAAGAGAGAAAUUAGGUAUUUGAUAUGAAAUUAUAUAUUCUCAGCUAUGUGGACGUAUUUUUUAAGAUUUCAGAUUUUAGAAGGCAGAAAUGAUGGAGAUGAUAUUUAGGAAUCAAGGGUGAAAACAAAGGAUAGGAGGAGACAUUGAAAAUGCAGUUAGAUGAAAUUAGAAAAUUUUGAAGUAAAGAUUAAAAAUAAGGUGAGAUGGAUAAAUCAAAGUAUGAAUGGUGAGAUAAUUUGUUGGGUGAAUAAUCAUUUACUUUUUUGCCUUACUUGAUUUUAACGAAUAGGGGAAGCUGAGAAACAGAUUAUACUUAAGUUUCUUAUGGACACUACAUUACUUUUUUUGUCUGAAAUAUUUACAGUAAAGCUCUGGGACUUUUGACUAUUAUUGUAUGUGAUUUCACUAUUAAUGUUGUAUAUAGAAAAGAAUUAAACUGAGAUGUAUCAGAGUUUUCUUGUAAUUAUUUUAUUGUUACAAAGUUAUAUAUUACUAUAGAAAGUUAAUAUAUUCAAUUAGAAUAUCUGAUUAGCUUAUCUGAUAUCUAAAGCAGUUUACAUAUGGGAAGCCAAUAUAUAGUGAAAAUCUGUGUACCAUAAAUGUUUAUAAUCUUAAAACUUUCUUUUUUAAAAACUUUUAAAACUAACAGUGAAGAAUAUAGAAUAGUCUAGUGAACCCUCAUGUGUCCAUCACACAGACCUAAGGAUUAUUACGUUCUGUUGUUCUUAAACCUAUAUAAUUUGAAAUAAUUUGUUUAUUGAAAUAAACUUGAAUCCUAUUUUGUUCUACAUUGUUUUGAAAAAAUUUAAGUCUUAUGUUAAGAACGGACUCAAUGUAGCCUUGAAACAGUGCUUACAUUAUAUUUAAAACAAAGUAUUUAAGAGUGGUUGAUCUUCAUGUUGUUUCUUCUCAGCACAGCAUUUGUAAAUCAGGAAGUUUGUUCUCAUUUGUUGGUCAAGUCUUUUGUUUAGUAAUUCCAGGGUCUUCUACUUGAAAUCUGACCUAUCAUUAAAAAAGGGAUCAAGCACAAGUGCUGCAGCCCUUGUUUGCAGGAUGCAGGAAAACAACUGUCUUGAUAUUUACCUCCCAGAGGUGAAAGGGAUUAAUAUUUUGUACGUCAUUCUUUUAAUUUGUUUGUGGGUAGAUUAUAUUGCUCUACUUAUUCUGUAUUGGAGUAACUCCCCAACAGCAAACAACUUAAUGUUCUAAUUUGGAAGAACACCAUGUGAAGGAAAGCUUUAUCAAAUAAUUGACUUGUAUUUUAGAACCUGACCCUGUUUGCAUGGCAGCUAAGCUUUUGAGUCUGAAGCUGGAGCUGGAGCCUCAAGCCACCUAUAGCCACUUGGUCAUUCUGGCAUUUUAUGGUAGAGAAUACAUUGAGUUUGGCUCAUGGAAAGAAUAUGAGAAUUUCAGCUAAAAAUCAAUAAAGCAACAAAAUGACAGUGGUCAACAAGAAUUUAAUUGCUUUAUUAUAUUAAGGAGACACCAGUUUUGGUCCUACCUUGAGCAAAAACUUCAAUAUCAGACUCACUCUUAGGAAGAAAGCCAUAUGGAGUUUCCCAGCACAGUUGAAGAAUGUAGCACAGUUGCAUCAGUAAUGAUGGCUCACUCAACUGGGAGCAUCUCUCUGGGUUUGUGGCAACCCUGCAUUAAACAAGUCUGUCGGUGCCAUUUUUCCAACAGUAUUUGCUCACUUCCUGUCUUUGCAUCACAUUUUGUAUUCGAUUUAUUGAGGUGGUCUGGAACCAAACCCUCAAUACCUCCCAGCACUUUGUUUCCUGACACUACAAGAUGCCUAAGGUCAUCGUAUAUUUUCAGUGCUCCAGCCUUAGAAUCAGCCAUUUCUCAAAGGAGCCCUAGAUACUUUUCUGGGGAUAUUUUUUAUCAGAGGAACAUAGAUCGGGAUCUGCAAUGGUUCUCAAAAUUCCAAAGUGAGACCAUCAUGCAGACAUCAGAGACCGGGUCGGACACAGGUUCGACAGUGACUUUACAGACAUCUGUGGCUAGUCAAGCAGCAGUGCCUACACAGGUGGUACAGCAAGUACCAGUACAACAACAGGUGCAGCAGGUACAGACUGUGCAGCAGGUACAGCAUGUCUAUCCAGCUCAGGUGCAGUACGUGGAAGGAAGCGACACUGUCUAUACCAAUGGAGCAAUCCGAACAACAACUUAUCCUUACACAGAAACGCAGAUGUACAGCCAAAACACUGGAGGGAAUUACUUUGAUACUCAAGGGAGUUCUGCACAGGUGACUACCGUGGUCUCAUCCCACAGUAUGGUGGGCACUGGUGGGAUUCAGAUGGGCGUCACGGGAGGACAACUCAUCAGCAGCUCUGGAGGAACCUAUCUGAUUGGCAAUUCAAUGGAGAAUUCUGGUCACUCAGUGACACAUACCACUCGGGCUUCCCCAGCGACAAUUGAAAUGGCGAUUGAGACGCUGCAAAAGUCUGACGGUCUGUCCACUCACAGAAGCUCUCUUCUCAACAGCCAUCUCCAGUGGCUGUUGGACAAUUACGAGACAGCAGAAGGAGUGAGCCUUCCCAGAAGCACUCUUUACAACCACUACCUACGACACUGUCAGGAACACAAACUGGACCCAGUCAAUGCUGCUUCUUUUGGAAAACUUAUAAGGUCAAUUUUUAUGGGGCUACGAACCAGGAGAUUGGGAACCAGAGGAAACUCCAAGUACCAUUACUAUGGGAUUCGUGUCAAGCCAGAUUCCCCUCUUAAUCGUCUGCAAGAAGACAUGCAGUAUAUGGCUAUGAGACAACAACCCAUGCAACAGAAACAAAGGUACAAGCCUAUGCAGAAAGUGGAUGGGGUUGCAGAUGGUUUCACAGGAAGUGGUCAACAGACAGGCACAUCUGUUGAGCAAACUGUAAUUGCCCAAAGUCAACAUCAUCAACAGUUUUUAGAUGCAUCUCGAGCACUUCCAGAGUUUGGAGAAGUUGAAAUCUCUUCUCUGCCAGAUGGUACUACCUUUGAGGAUAUCAAGUCACUGCAGAGUCUUUAUCGAGAGCACUGUGAGGCAAUAUUGGACGUUGUUGUGAAUCUUCAAUUUAGCCUGAUAGAAAAAUUGUGGCAAACAUUCUGGCGCUAUUCUCCCUCUACUCCAGCUGACGGCACUACCAUUACUGAAUCAAGCAAUCUGAGUGAAAUAGAAAGUCGACUUCCGAAAGCAAAGCUGAUAACUCUGUGCAAACAUGAGUCUAUCCUGAAAUGGAUGUGUAACUGUGACCAUGGGAUGUACCAGGCUUUGGUGGAGAUUCUCAUCCCCGACGUCCUUAGACCUAUUCCUAGUGCCUUGACCCAAGCCAUUCGAAAUUUUGCAAAAAGCCUUGAAGGUUGGCUUUCCAAUGCCAUGAACAAUAUUCCACAGAGAAUGAUACAAACCAAGGUUGCAGCUGUAAGUGCCUUUGCCCAGACUCUGCGAAGAUACACGUCGCUCAAUCACCUGGCCCAGGCAGCUCGUGCAGUGCUUCAGAACACUUCUCAGAUCAACCAGAUGCUCAAUGACCUCAACCGUGUCGACUUUGCCAAUGUCCAGGAGCAGGCUUCCUGGGUAUGUCAGUGUGAUGACAACAUGGUUCAGAGACUAGAAACAGACUUCAAGAUGACUCUUCAGCAGCAGAGCACCCUGGAGCAGUGGGCUGCAUGGCUUGACAAUGUGAUGAUGCAAGCACUGAAACCCUAUGAAGGAAGACCCAGUUUUCCUAAAGCUGCCAGGCAGUUUCUGCUAAAAUGGUCUUUCUACAGCUCAAUGGUUAUUCGGGACUUAACCCUACGCAGUGCUGCUAGCUUUGGCUCCUUCCACCUGAUCCGUCUGCUCUACGACGAGUAUAUGUUCUACUUAGUAGAACAUCGUGUUGCUCAGGCAACAGGAGAGACACCCAUAGCGGUCAUGGGUGAGUUUGGUGAUUUAAAUGCUGUGUCUCCUGGAAAUCUGGAUAAAGAUGAAGGCAGUGAAGUGGAGAGUGAAAUGGAUGAGGAAUUAGAUGACUCUUCAGAACCUCAAGCCAAAAGAGAGAAAACCGAGCUGAACCAGGCAUUUCCGGUAGGCUGUAUGCAGCCUGUCCUCGAGAGUGGCGUGCAGCCAAGCCUCCUGAAUCCAAUUCACAGCGAGCACAUCGUCACGAGUACUCAGACUAUCAGACAGUGCAGCGCUACAGGAAAUACCUACACUGCAGUCUAAAGAAUACUAAAACGUAUUUUUCCAGCUAACAUUAACCCUGUUGAUAUUGGGCUUAAGUUGAAAUUUUAAUAAGCCUGAAGGUCAACGGUUGUCAAAUUCUCUGUGCUGAACAUUACCUUUUUGGAGUUGUGAAAUGGAAUGGGUGUAUGUAUUUUGCCAGGUCUUUUUUUUUUUUUUUUAAUGUAAACAAAUUAUUUGCUUCUUAAUGAUGAGUUUUUUUCCCCUUAGUUUUGGGUGUCAAGAAGGAUUUUUACAACACUUAAUGUCAAUGUUUUUGUUUUCUUAUAAUUAAAAAAUAAUUUACAUUUUUUGUAGCUUAAAAUAUUUUAUUGUUGAUUGUUAGUCUUGGUGUAUGAUUUCAUGUGUAAGUUUUUAAUUAGAUGCACUUCUGUGAAAUAUCAAAA